CUCUUCCCAGCUCCGGCUCCGCCGCCCGCUCCCGCCUCGGCUCCCCCUCCCAGAGCCCCCCUCCAGGAGCGGAGCCCACCCAGGGCCCCUCUCCCGUCCGCCAGCCCAGCCGCCCGGCCGGAACAGCAGCCCCGGGGGGCAGCCCCCCUCCAGCCCUGCCAGAGCCCCCCCAGCCAUGAAUCUCUUCCGAUUCCUGGGAGACCUCUCCCACCUUCUAGCCAUCAUUUUGCUCUUGCUCAAAAUCUGGAAGUCCCGCUCGUGUGCCGGGAUUUCAGGGAAGAGCCAGGUCCUGUUUGCGGUGGUCUUCACUGCCCGCUACCUGGACCUGUUCACCAACUACAUCUCCCUCUACAACACAUGCAUGAAGGUGGUCUAUAUCGCCUGCUCCUUCACCACGGUCUGGAUGAUUUACAGCAAGUUCAAAGCCACUUACGACGGGAACCACGACACGUUCCGGGUGGAGUUUCUCGUGGUGCCCACAGCUAUCCUGGCAUUCCUGGUCAACCACGACUUUACCCCGCUAGAGAUCCUCUGGACCUUCUCCAUCUACCUGGAGUCAGUGGCCAUCCUGCCGCAGCUCUUCAUGGUGAGCAAGACGGGCGAGGCGGAGACCAUCACCAGCCACUACCUGUUCGCGCUGGGCGUCUACCGCACGCUCUAUCUCUUCAACUGGAUCUGGCGCUAUUACUUCGAGGGCUUCUUUGAUCUCAUCGCCAUCGUGGCCGGCCUGGUCCAGACAGUCCUCUACUGCGAUUUCUUCUACCUCUACAUCACCAAAGUUCUGAAGGGGAAGAAGCUGAGUUUGCCGGCGUAGCCCUGGUCCGCGCCGUCCCUCUCCCUGACAGCGGAGGGAGGCCGAGGAAGGUGAUGGGAGACGAAGAGCCUUCCUGUCCAGGGGUGACUUUUUUUAAGAACCAACUUUUCCCCACUCCCCAUCUUCCUCCUGCCGGGUUUCAGGGGGUGGUGGAGGACCCAAGACUUGGGGAGCUCAGGACCUGGGCUGUUUGUAGUUUUUUGCCUUUUAGAGAAGAAAAAAAAAAAUCUUUCCACGAUUUAGUUUUUGAUUCUGAUGACUCCUUUCUCUUCUACUUUCUGGCCCCGAUUUUUAUAAACCGCUCCAAGUAUCCUGUAUUGGGGGGCGGGGUGCAGGGUGGGAGAGCUUUUCUCUCUCCCAAGCCCCUUAGCUCCCUUCCGGAUCCUACCCCCAGCCCCACUGUUUGCCAAACACUAAAUCUGCCUGCACGGCCUUCCCGACCUCCCACCUCCCACCCAGGACACAGCCCCUGCCCCCCAACUUCUGGGCUGGGGAAAGGAGGAGGGGAGGAAUGGUCUGCCCUGAUUUUUCAUAAUUUUCCCCAGAGUUUGGGGUUUUUAGUCUCGUCCUCGUUUUUCGGGCAUUUAGGGGGCUGGCUCCAGGGUCGCCGUGACUGCCACCAUGUUUUUGUACAGAACGAUGGUUGAUUUCUUUGUUCUCUUGAAAUAAACCGAGGAAAAUUAUGCCUCUCUUUUGCUA